AUGAAAUUCCAUCUCGCCGCUAUCGUUUCGACUCACCUCGGGCUGCUGGCUUCGGCAUCGCCCAACCCACGUCAAUCACCAACCAUUCUCGUCGACGUAGCACCCGACCAUGUCCGUCCAUACGUCCUGCCGAGAUUCAAAGGCCGCGCGAUCAAGUUGACGCAGUCCGACAUCAUACGCUUCGCCAUCACAGCAAACUCAUCGGGUGGUGUGUUCUCCAUGGUGCAGCACAACGGGAAGACCUCUGGAUGGACCGUAGCCCGGCCUCACACUCACACCCUGACACAUGAACACUUCUACUGUACACGAGGUCGGGUUGAAUUAUGGGCACAGAAGAACGUCACCGGCGCGAGCCAUGAGGCGCGAGUUGCCUCCUGGGGUGACUACGGCAGCGUGCCUCCUGGGACGAUCCAUACUUUCCAACUCACCGACCCCGACAGCCAACUCAAUCACGUCUUCCAUCCCGCUGGCUUCGAGAAGCUAUUUGCUGAGUUCAGCGUCGGUGAAUAUGAAUCUUCUGUCGGGUCGCCGUAUGUUCCGAUCUCCAACGAUCCCGAGCCCUUUGGACCGCUCACCCCUGAGGUGGAUGCCCAGCUUCGGUCUCUUGAGUUGAUCGCCGCACCGGCUGAAGUCUACAAGCCACGGAGGGACAUGAUCAAUGGGACUGCGAGCGAUGCUGGCUUACCUUGGCGCAAUGGACCCAAUACCCUGCCAGAUGACCCGACGGAACCCUACUUCGUCGUCAACAACUAUGGUCCAGCAUAUCUCAACACCGAAAUUGGAUACAAGGUUAUUCAACCUCUUGUCACGCCCACACAAACCGACGGGAACUUCACCAUGGGAACUCUGAUAAUGUCACCAAAGCUGGACAAUGAGACCACAACCACGGUCACGUUGCCUCAUCACUUUGCUCUGGAGCUACAAGAGGGCGAGAUUAUUUUAUCGGUCGACUCUUACGAUACAACACGAUUGUUGCAAGGGGAUGUGGCUUUUGUUUCUGCAAAUACUUCUUUUUCUUUUCACGCCACGGUACCUUUCACAAAGUUCUUGUAUAUGAACGGAGGGGGAAAAGGUCUCGACCAUCAACUACUGGAAAGUAGCAUCCCCUGGGGAUUCCCUGCUUAUCCCACUUAUGCAGGCUUCAAGUCUACAUAG